AUGUCGAACGGACCCCUUGUCUUCGUCACGGGAGCUACAGGCCAUGUCGGCUUCGCAAUCCUCGUGCUCCUCCUCAAAAAGGGUUAUCGAGUCCGUGUGUCCAGCCGCAACCUCACAACUGCACAAAAGCUCAAGGACCUGCCCUCUGUUGAACCGUACGCGGACCAGGUUUCGUUCGUGGAGAUCCCGGACGUGUUCGCGGAUGAUGCCUAUGACGAUGCGAUGAAAGACGUCGACUAUGUCGUGCACGUCGCCUCGCCCCUGCCCGACGAUUCCCAGACCGGUACGGACUUUGACGUCGAGCAAACGUACAUCGCGCCAGCCAUCCAAGGCAACCUCGGCUUGCUCAGGGCCGCUCAGAAGUCCCCGACCGUCAAGCGCGUGGUCAUCACCUCGUCCGUAGCCAUCCUCGCCAAGAAGGAAGGUCGCGACACCGUCGGCCCAGACGACCUCGCUCCCGUGCCCGAGGUCAAGGACAUCCCAAAGCACCCCUUGGCAGCGUACGCGGCGUCCAAGCUGCUCGCCAACGCCACAGCAGAGGAUUUCGUCAAGACCAACAAGUUGCACUUUGACGUCGUGCACAUCCUGCCCGGCUACGUCCAGGGCCGCAACGAACCCGUCACCUCGUCUCGUCAACUGGUCGAACGACCUUCUUCCAACCAGACCAUGAUCAAAUUUCUCCUCGGCCACAAAGACGACCAGCCCCGGGCAAAUGAUUUCGUCCUGCUCGACGACGUCGCGGCAGUGCACGUCGCGGCGGUGGAGGCCCCGGACAUCAAGACCGGCGAGCGGUUCAUUGCCGCCUACCCCCGGCCUGUGUCCUGGGUGGAUGUGGAAAAGGUGGUGAAGAAACUGUUUCCCCGCGAGGUCGAAAGUGGGAUCUUGCCCUUGGGUGGCGAGUGCCCGGACUGGGGGUUGCACUUUGAUUCGAGCAAGACGACGGAGAGGUUGGGCGUGCAGUUUCACGGCAUCGAGGACAUGGUGAAGAGCUUGGUGGGGCAGUAUGUUGAGUUGGUCGAGAAAGAGACGAGGCAGAGCACAACGGCAGCUUGA